AUGGUGGAGUUGCUAUCUUCUAGACAGAAGCGCUCGCACCGUAACUGCGUCACAUCGCUGGGCCUUGACGGUGGUCGUCUGGCCAGCGGCGGCAAGGAUUCCUGCGUGCUGUUGUACGACUGCUCGGCGGAAGGUCUGCGCAACAGUGGUAAAUUCGACGUGUCUCCGUUGGAGUCUGUGCGUACAAAUGUGCUCAGCGUCGACCUAGCGGGAGACCGCGUGCUUUGCGGCACUUCUUGUGGGCAGGUGCAGCUCAUAGACAUUCGCAGCGGAGCUUCUGAUCGCAUUUUGGCUCACAACUCGCAAGUGAGCUGUGUUAAGUGGCUCGAUUCGGCGCCUAACGUCGCGGCAAGCACAUCGUUAGACGGCAAGGCAAAGGUCUGGGACGUCAGACAUACGUCGGUUCCGCUCCACGAGCUUAUCGGCCACACCGCCGGCGUGAACUUCUGCGACUCGCUACCCAAUGGUCCGCCUCCUGAUGAGCUGUCUAUCAAUUUUGGAGACUAUUACGAGCGGGUCCUUACGGUUGGCAGCGACCGCACCGCUCGGCUGUGGAACCUGAAUAGCGGUACUCACCUGGCAUUCAAGGUACCUGCCACCCUAUCGCAAAACGUGGAAUGCUGCUGUGUAAUGCUCAAGCGCCCACAAUACAUAUUUGCCGUUGGACUGGAUUCCGAAUAUGUGUUGGUGUUCUCUACCAAGCUGAAAAAGCAUAUUGGUGCCAUUUCGCUUGGUGGUCCGAAUGUGUGGGUGAACUGCAUACGCGUAAUCGGCCCGCACCUGGUUGUUGGCACCAGCGUUGGGAAGCUUCACUUUGUGCGAUACACAUUCAACGACGAUCACUCGAGUUGUGCGCUCGAAAUCGAGUGUAGCUUCGGCUAUGAAGGUUCAGUUAACGAUAUACGGUUCUGCAGCGUGGGCAGCGAACUUCGUAUGUAUAUGGCUCUCGGCACGGAAAUGCGCCUAGGCCGAUGGAAUGUCUGCGAGUUAGAAUCAGGUGAAAAGCCUAAAAACCUUAUAAAUGAAUCUAUAUUCGUCGUCUAA